GUUCAUAAUCUCGACCUGGAUCUUAUCAUUGCAAAGCUCUUCUACGGAAUCUUUGCGUCCAUUUAUCUUUUUAUACGACACCAGAGCUCAAAGCUCUACACCCUACUUCAUCAAACAUUUGAUUUCAUACCACACGCGCUACACCUCGUUUCCUCUCGACCUACAUUCGAACUAUCCUUCAUCUCGAUUCCCAUCUCGACUGGAGCCACAAAACCUCGACCUUGAAGUAGCCUCUCGAUCUACGAAAAGGACUCAUAACUUACCCAAUCGACUCAACAAGACCGAACGACGAUACCGGCAUGAUGUCAGUCGACACCGCAAAUUCUACCUCUCGAGCGAGCCCAGCUAGCACAAGCGGGAUAACCAUCUCGAGGAACAAGCCCGUUAGCGGGUUCACGACCACAGCUCCUUUGGAUCGGAGUAAAGGAGGUCACGCUUCGACCGUCCUUGGGACCGCUUCGAGUGCCGGUUUGGGGAGUCCGCUUACCACGACUCCUAGUACGAGUGCGGGUGGAGUAGCUGGAGAUAAGGACGGGGAGAGCAGUGCAAAGAUCGUCUCGGCGAUGAUCAUCCCUGGAGAAGGACAGGGGACACCGGGUCCCAACUCGAGUGUACCGGCUGCGUCUGCUCGAGCGGGUUCUCACGGAAACGGGACCGGGAGUGGAAGUGGGAAAGGAUGGGCCUCGGGGUAUUCCACCCCCGAAGCUGGGCUGGGGGACUUUAAGCGAAAGAGGGAUCAAGCCGCACAAGCACAUGCACAACAACCAUUGAGGGCCCCGGUCAACCCGGCAAACUAUGAAUACAGCUCUGAUGAGAUGGAAGAAGACAUGGCGGACGACGAUUCGGACGAGGAUAUCGAGCGGGAACCUUUACCUGGCGAGAACAUCUUUUCCAGGAUCAGAGGAGGCUCAGAGGAGGAAGAGGAGGAUGGGACCGUCCUCGUUCAACGUCGAGCUGCUGGGCAUGGAGCCGGGGACGAGGUGGACGAGCUGGAGAGCGUGAACGGGGACGGGGCAGAACCGGGCAAGUUGGGCCAGGUCAAGAAGAUCAAGUUGGUACUCAACAAUGGGAAGUCGAAAGCUGGGAAGAUGGUCGUGGGGCCGGAUGGCAAGGCGAGAAAGAGUGAUGAGAAUCGUGCUGUCAAGCGACGCAAGGUUGGCGGAGACGGUGCGAGUGAGGGAAGCGUUCCGCCCAAAGACAAGAUCAAGGCCGGCCUGAUCGACGGAGAGUUGAAGGUCCCUGGACCUAGACGGAGCAGUGGUGGAAACAAACGGGCCGAUCGACCGAGACGGCCACCUCCCCUGGAGAUGUCGUCGGGGAACCGAGAACUGCCUCCGCCUUCCGCUGGCAUGAUGUCGAGCAUGAGGAACACAGGGAUGGUCAGUCCGGUCGUAUCUGGGUUUCCGCUACACCAAGCCGACAAGGUUACGCGAGAGGCAUUCCGCAACUCGAUGGCUAUCAAAGACGCUCAACGAUCGCUUAUUCAGCAGCGCAAAGAAGGAGCCAUCCCGCCCGCCUCGGAUCUGCCUGGUGGUGGACCACCUCCUUCAGCCGGACCGCUUCCUACUUUGUUGACUUACAUUCCUACGUCGGGAGAGGGGACCGGCAGUUUCAGUGAGCGACGGGGCGACGCCGUCAAGAACAAGGUUAAAGGGAUGAAAUUGAACACGGGUGAUAUGUCGAGCGUACGUGACGGUCUACGAACCGCACCGUCCGGCAAGUUUGACGGACAAUCAGGGGACGAAGCAGAAGAUGACGACGAGUACGACGCUCGUGAAGCCGCCGGAUAUGACGCAGAAGGGAACAGUUAUUACGAGAUGGAGAAAAAACAGCGUGCUGAAGAAGCUGCCGCUGCUACGUCCGGAGACCCUUCCGUCAACGCUCGUGGGCAGCCUCGCACGGCGUAUCCGGCUUUGGGUUCGAGUUUGCAAGCUCAGCAAAAGGGCAAGGGUCCGUCGAACCGAGGCCUCCCUUCGUCGUUGCACAUUCCGCCUUACAGUCAACGCACCGCAUCUCAGCAGCAUCCUGGACCACCCGGUCAUCCCGACGGGCCUGUACCUGAUACUGCCGGGGGCCGACCACCACCUGGUAUGAUGCCUCACCCUGGCUACUACCCAUACCCGGGACCUCCCCCUGGACAUCCCAUGGCUGGACCUCCGGGACGAGGGAUGCCUGGCAUGCCUCCCGGUUACCACCCUGGACAAUACGAUCGCGAGCGGGACGCUUUCAUGAGCCAUUUCGCCAAGUUCUACGACGCUCUGCUUGAUUCUACCCAGCUUCGAGCUGAUCUGGCCACCAAGAUCCACAAGGCCAACGAGCUCGUCGGAGCCCAUCAGAUCGAGCUCAGAAAGGUGGAGAACUUGAGGCAGCAAUACGAGGCCGCGUUGGCCGAUCUGAAGGCGCGCACGGACAAGGUUUUGGGGCCGGGUGAACCCAAAACGGGAGGUAGUGGGACUUCGGAGGCAGGUGGGGCCGCCGCUGCUGGUUCGACAAGGCCCAAGAGCUCGACAGGACCUGCUGGUGACGUCGAGAUGGCCUCCUCAUAGCGGCACAUCAUACAGGCGCAAAGGUCGUGCAUACAUGUGAGAUUGCGAUUGAUUUCGGGAGAGAGAUCGCAGAGUCGUGUUUGUAACAACAGUUCGAAAAUGGAGAGCUGUCGAGUGGUGUUGGAACUCGAGCUACUAGUAGUAAUACAGUGUAUAUAUCCCCGGUACACAUUCACAUUCCAAACAACUUGCUUAUCCUCAACCGCGUUCCUUCCCACCCGUCCAAUG